AAGGGGGGGUGUCCGAGCGGCCUAUCCGGGGUUUAGCAGGUGGGACUCGGGUCGGAUCGGCUGACAUCGCCGGGGGGGGGUGGGGGAGGGGUGGCAACCUCGGGGCGCUCGACGAGAGCCGCUGUCGCCGCCGCCGCCGCCACCCCGCGCACCGCAGCGCUCGACCGGCCCUGCCUUCCUCCCUCACCCGCCCGCCCACCAUGUCGGAUUUUGACAGCAACCCCUUCGCGGAUCCGGACCUUAACAACCCCUUUAAGGAUCCUUCAGUUACGCAAGUGACCAAAAAUGUUCCCCCAGGACUAGAUGAAUACAAUCCUUUCUCAGAUUCCAGAACACCACCACCAGGAAAUGUCAAAAUACCCAAUGUGCCCAGUACACAACCAGCUAUAAUGAAACCAACGGAGGAACCGCCUGCUUAUACUCAAAUUGCAAAGGAACAUGCCUUGGCCCAGGCUGAACUGCUUAAACGCCAGGAAGAGUUGGAAAGAAAAGCAGCCGAAUUAGAUCGCAGGGAAAGAGAAAUGCAGAGUCUCAAUCAACAAGGAGGAAGGAAAAACAAUUGGCCUCCACUGCCUGGGAAUUUUCCAGUGGGUCCCUGUUUUUACCAGGAUUUCUCUGUUGACAUCCCUGUAGAGUUUCAGAAGACAGUAAAAAUUAUGUACUACUUGUGGAUGUUCCAUGCAGUAACACUAUUUCUUAACAUCUUUGGAUGUCUGGCCUGGUUUUGCUUGGAGCCGAAGCGAGGAGUUGAUUUUGGAUUGAGCAUUCUCUGGUUCUUGCUUUUUACUCCUUGUUCAUUUGUCUGCUGGUACAGACCACUUUAUGGAGCCUUCAGGAGUGACAGUUCUUUCAGAUUCUUUGUUUUCUUCUUUGUGUACAUUUGUCAGUUUGCAGUUCAUGUCCUUCAGGCUGCAGGUUUCCAAGGAUGGGGCAACUGUGGAUGGAUUUCAUCUCUUACUGGCCUUAACCUUAGUAUUCCAGUAGGCAUUAUGAUGAUAAUCAUAGCAGCACUUUUCACAGCAUCUGCAGUCAUCUCACUAGUUAUGUUUAAGAAGGUACAUGGACUGUACCGCACAACUGGAGCAAGUUUUGAGAAGGCUCAACAAGAAUUUGCAACGGGUGUAAUGUCCAACAAAACUGUACAAACUGCUGCAGCCAACGCUGCAUCAACAGCAGCAACUAGUGCUGCACAAAAUGCUUUCAAGGGUAACCAAAUAUAGAAAAAGAAAAAGAUGAAUACCACAACAGUUUUCUGGCUGUAUUUUAUUUUCCAGUCUCUUAUACUCCCUAAAGACUUGUGUUCAAAAUGCACACAGCAUGUAUGUUUCCUCUUCAGCUGUGCAUGGGCUAAAACAGGGAAAAGGUCCUUGUUUCAUUCCUUUGUACACUUAUUUAUUCAAAAGUACUUUCUGGCUACUCUCUAACUUAACAUUGUUUGAAUUAUAUUUUUCUCCAUAUUUUUGGAGGCGUGCUGUGAAAAUUUCAACAGUGCAUCUGAAAUUGAUAUGGCAGCUUCUGGGGUCACCUUAAAUGGAUUCUAGGGGUUUUCUGGUCAGUUCUUUCCAAGACCUUUCUCUUUGACUUGACACAAGCACUUUGGAGCAACUCUUUGUGUUCCUAAUAGUUUGCUUCCCUGUUUCUUAUGUGACGAACAGGGUGGCUGACGGGUUUGAACGUGACAUUUAAAAGCUGCUGCUGUACAUCUUCAGCAGCUGAUGAAGGACAAAUGUAAGCUUAAAAUAAGUACGAUAGAUAAUGUAAAUUCUUUUUUUUAGGAUUAUAGGUCUUUUGAUAAAAAUCUGAGUUUGCAUGAAACAGUUAUUUGACCACGUUGAACUAGUGUUUUGGUCCAGAAUCUGUCUCUACAACUAUGGUUAUAGUAUUUGUUGGGAUCUGUUCUUAUGGUGUAUGAUCUUCUAGCUUGGAAUGGUUUUGCUACACAGAUACUCUAAUUGAAGGAAUAUGUAAUGCAACAAAGAAAAGUUAAUUAAGUUUAAUCAGAGCUGAGUGAUUAUAUCUAUUUUUAAUUUUGAUAUUCCUGUUUUUGGAAAAACAUUUGCCUCAAGAAAAAAAAUUAUCCUAUGUUUUGAACACUCCCAUAUUGCUGGAUCUGUCCGACUUGUGUUAAAUGCAGUGACAUUUUUAUUGUAUUUAAGCAUUCUAGUUUAUUUUGUGUGUGUGUGUGCACUAAAACAAUGGUACAAAAUCUUUAGCUUUGUCAAUCACUCUGUUUGUUGGUUGUAAUCUGAAUAUACAGUUUACAUUUUUAACCUAAAUCAUAUUUUCUAAUCAAGGUUUUUCAAACUGGCUUUUAAUUAUGUACUUGAAUCCUUUUUAACAUACCUCGGCCUUCAUGUGUGAUUUAAUCAGUUGGCAUUUUAUAAAAUGCAUUUAUUCAAAAGUUGGUUUAGCACAGUAUUAAGCUACUGGCCAUGUUUUAUGGACCUAGUAAUUGUCUGGUAGUUUUGGCUGAACUUAAUGUUCUGCAGUUAGGUUUAUGUUGUCCAAUUUAAGUUCAGUUUAAAUUCAUGUUGUUUUAACCUGAUGGUAUAAGGAACAUGUAUUGUUGAAUGGCCCCCUAGAAGGUAUCUUGGAUUAACUUCAAAUUCUGACACUGAGAACCGUUAAAGUUUUGCAGGAUAGAUCCUAAUGUCAGUACACUCUAACCCAGUAUUUACUCAGAAAAACAAUAAUCCUUGCAGGUCUAAUACCUAAAAUGGUCAUGUUUGCAUACUUUAGAUUAUGACUGUUACUUUAUAGGCCUAAUCAAGAUGAAUUUAGUAAUUUUAUCACAAUCACAAAUAUUAUAAAAUAGACUAUACGGGAAUUACAUUUUAAACCUGGUUGUUUUCAGCUUGUUUGUAAAACAUAAGGUGUGUAAAAUCAUAUGUAGUGAUAGACCAUGUGUUCCAGAUUAGUAAAAGAUGUUAGUCUUUGUUUUGUUUUAUGAA